UUAUGAUAUAUAAAUAGUACCUAUAUUGCCAUGCUACCAAACAACUACAUUGUUUGAUAUUAAUAAUUAUAACAAAAAUUUAAAAUAAGUCAAUAGGUACUUCAUUGUUAAGUAAAAAAGGUUUUUAUACAAAUUUGUUUAAAUUUUACUUAUGAUGAAGAAAAAAAACGGAAAUGCUAUUUACAAAAUUGAUUCCUGUCACAAAAAAAUUAUAUGCCAAACAAAUGAUAUAUGCAACAAACCUAGUUACCAUACCGUCUGCUAUAGACGUAUUGUGGAUAGAAAUCUUCUAACACAUAGUGAUUACCUAAAGAUGCUCUCUACACCAAGGGGAUUUAAAUGGGCUAAUAUGCCAUCAUACUAUAAUAAAAGAUACAAUUCAUAUAGAUUUCGUAAGCGUGGAAAUGAAAAAUAUAACGUCAAUAGUCAACAAAAAAUAAGUUAUGAAAAAAGAUGUACUGUACUAAAUAAAACCAUGAAUAAUCAAAGGAAAAUUAAUGAUAAUUUAAAUUUAAAUAAUAAUAAUAAUAAAUCCAAAAAAAUACAAAAUCAACAAAAAAUGUUUUCCCAAAAAAAUAAUACCAUGUAAAAUAAUGAAAAAAAAAUAUAAUUAAUAGGUAUCAAUAAAUAUGGAAUGGGAGAAGACUUAAAAAAUAAAAAUAACUUAUUAAUUCAUAAAGAUCAAGAUAGUUCAAGCGAAAAAUUAGGAAAAAUAAAAGAUCUACAAGAAACAGAUUUGUUUUUGAAAAAAAAAAAAAAAUUAUGGUUACAAGCUGAAAAAAAACGUAAAAAAAGAGAGGAAGAAGAAAAUAAGUUUAAAUUAUCUAUACAGGCUAAACAAAAAAAAAAAGAAGAACAAAAGAAAAUUAUGGAAGAAAAAAUAAAAAUGAAGUCAAAACGCAACCAAAUGUUGGAAGAACAAAGAAAACAAAAAAUUCAAAAUGAAAAGGAUGAAAUGGCUAAAGCGCAGGUAAUAGCAAAAAAAAAAAAAUUAGAAGAAAAUGAAAUACUAUCAAAAGAAGCUGAAAGGUUACGCAGACUUGAAGCCCUUAAACAAGAAGCAAAAAGGAUUGAAGAAGAAGAGGAAGCGUGGAGAAAAAAAAUAAACCAUGAAUUUGCUCUAAAGAUGGGUUAUACAAUGAAUUUAAAUAUUGUUAACAAAAAAAACGAACAUUCUAUGUGUAAUAAAUAUAAUGGUAAAAAAAGAUUAACUCGAUAUACUGACAAACUACUUAAAGAAAUAAAACAAAACAAUCAAGUUUUUGAUUCAGGAAAUUUAAUGAAAGAAAUCAUAAAGAGAGAAUUGAACAAUGCUGAAAAAAAAAAGAUAAAACAUAAAAGCGGGCUACAAGUAUGUAAACCGUGUUAUAAAAAAAAAAAUAAUGUGAUAAUGAUAAAAACUGAAGAAAAAAAUGAUCUAUCACAAGAAAUAGUGUUUAAAAAAUAUUAUACAUGCAAUAACAUUAUUGAUUCUAAAAAUAAUAGAGUAAAUCAAUUGACAGAGGUCAAAUCAAACGAACAUUGUAUACUAAAGAAACCUAAGAAUACGUUAAAAUGUAAAAUACCCGAUGUACAUUGCUAUAGUAAUACUUCAUUUAACACACUUGUGUGCGAUUGGAAGAAUGAAGUGGUUAAUAUGAUAACAAAUAUGCAAAGUCGUCAAUAUAACUGUACCAAAUGAAAAAACACAUAACAUCCAGAAAUAUUAAGAUUCAAAUUUUAAUGAAC